UACAAUGCCGGGCCUUAGAAGAGCUUCUAAACAUCCUCUUUCAAAAACAUCAGAGAAUAGCUUGAAAGCAGAUUUCACGAGUCUUGACAAAGCACGGGAAAGUGGCCAAACGUAUCUAUCAUAUGCAUCCAUUUUUCCUGGAGCAAACAGCAAGGUUGAAUUCAAGAAAAAACUGAAAGCUGAUAAUGACAAGGAUGUAGAAGAUCCUAUGCAACCAAAAUUUGACAGGCUGUCUCUCUUGUUAAGUCCACAGGAUAUGUAUGAACAUAAUUAUCCAUCACCAGUGCCAGGUUCUCCAGGAUAUCAAGACCCAGAGUUCGUGUUCACACAUGAGAAUUAUAGUGAGGUAUGGAUCAUGUUUGAUAUUAGUAUCUAUUCUUAAUGAGACAUGAGUUUGUAUUAUAUAAGUAGGGAAGGGUGA